AUGGAAAAGGGCGUAGACAUUCAUCAGCUUCUUGCGGAGUUGACCUUGGAUGAAAAGCUCUCUCUUCUCUCCGGAGCUUCGCAAUGGAGAACUGCUGUAGUACCUCGCCUUGGUAUACCAUCCCUAAAGGUCUCUGAUGGUCCUUCGGGUGCAAGAGGAGAGGUUUUCGGAGAGGGUGUCCCCGCCGCCUUCUUCCCCAGCGGCGUGUCACUAGGCGCUACGUGGGAUGUUGAUCUCCUCAAAGAGGUUGGGGAGCAUCUUGCAGAAGAGUGCAAAUCCAAGUCAGCAUCCGUCUUGCUGGCUCCCACAAUGUGCAUCCAUCGUCACCCCUUGGGUGGCAGAAACUUUGAGUCCUUUAGCGAGGAUCCGUACCUCACGGGGAAGCUCGCCACGGCGCAUGUUAAAGGUCUGCAGUCAAGGGGCGUCGGUGCCACGCCGAAGCACUUUGUUGCAAAUGACCAAGAGACCAAAAGAUUCAAGGUCAACGUGCAAGUCGACCCCCGGUCUCUUCGAGAAGUCUAUCUGCUCCCGUUUCAGAUGGUUGUGCGAGACGCCGAUCCUUGGUGUAUGAUGACGGCCUAUAACAAGGUGAAUGGCCAUUAUUGCGAUGCAUCCAAGGAGCUUCUUGAUAAUAUUGCCCGUGAUGAGUGGAAGUGGCAGGGCGUCUUUAUGAGCGAUUGGGGAGGCACUUCUUCAACGGUUGAUUCGAUCAAUAAUGGCUUGGACCUAGAGAUGCCUGGCCCACCAGCCAAGAGAUCACGAGCGGCGCUUGAGCAGAGCCUCAAAGACGGCACGGUGGACUUGGAGCAGGUUGACAAGGCUGCUUUGCGCAUCUUGAACCUUUUAGAGCGAGCUGGCCGAUUCAAGGAUGCGAGAGAUGAACCCGAGUACUGUCGAGACAUGGAUGACCAUCUUGCCACAAGGGAGCUCCUGCGGCGAGCUGCAACAUCAGGAGCUGUCAUGCUCAAGAAUGAGGGUCAAGCUCUCCCCCUACAGCUGGAUAAUGGCAUCUCCAAAAUCGCUGUUGUCGGCCCAAACGCGGAAAGAGUCGUUGCCGGGGGAGGCGGGAGCUCGUACAUCAAGGCACCGUAUUGGACCUCGGUCUUGGACUCGAUCAAGGACCGUGCUGCAAACCAUUCCGUCGACGUCGUCGUCCAUACAGGAGCCAGGGUCAACCGCUAUUUACCUACAGUUCUGCCAAGCGUGGUGCGAGACCGGUCAACUGGACAGAGUGGUGCGAACGACUUGUACUUCAUGUCCUUUGGUGAUGUGCCGCCCGAGAUCGGUCGACUUACAGAUUACUCGUUUCGCGCCCGAGCUACGCUCACGCCGCAGACGGAUGGCAUACACACAAUCUCAUUUGCUUCGAUUGGACCAGCCAAGCUGUUUCUAGACGACGAGCUGAUACUGGAGCAGUCGGGGGCCUUUCAAGAAAAGGCAAAUCUGUUUUUUAGUUAUGGCAGCGGGGAGGCCAUCACCUCCCGAGCCAUGACGGCAGGACGCUCGUACCAGGUCCGCAUAGACUACCACUCCCACGACCGGCAGCUUCAAGAGGAUGUAAAGCACCUCCUGGACCCGAUGGAGGACAAGUUCCAGGGCUUCCGGCUCGGCUUUGAGGAACAUCAGUCGGCAGAUCUUCCCGCCGAGGCUGCCGAUUUGGCUCAGGGAUGCGAUGCCGCCGUGGUUGUCGUGGGGCGAGAUAAGGAGUGGGAGACGGAGGGUGAAGACAUUCCCAUGUUUGAACUCCCAGGCGAGCAAGUUAGGCUGAUACAGAUGGUUGCUGCGGCUUGCAAGAGAACCAUUGUUAUCGCCCAAGCCGGCACGCCAGUCCUCCUGGACCCCUGGAUUGAUCAAGUUGAUGGUCUGCUGUAUACAUGGUAUCAAGGACAAGAGCUUGGCAACGCUGCGGCGGAUGUCUUGUUUGGCCAGGUGAAUCCCUCGGGUCGUCUCCCCAUCACCUUUCCCAAGAAGAUUCAGGAUUGUCCUGCAUACUCUUCCUUCCCAGGGGAGCUGUUGCAGUCUCGUUAUGCAGAAGGUCUUUACGUAGGCUACAAGUGGUGGGACCUGGUCGGAACGAAGCCUCAUUUCCCAAUCGGCUUUGGAUUGUCAUACAACACCUUUAGGAUCAAGCCCAAGGCCAUCAGCACCACCAAAAUAUCCCGAGAUACUGUCAUCAAGCUGGAGGUUGAGGUGGAGAACUUGGGCGGAAGUCCACUGCCAGGGCGGGAAACUGUCAUUGCCUGGUUUUCUCAACGCUCGCCGCGUCGUCUUGCACGUCCGGUGAAGCAGAUUUGCGGUUUUGCCAAGUCUAAAGCCCUGAGGCCGGGCGAGACUCAACUGCUAGAGAUUGACAUUCAGGUUGAGGCCCUGGGCAUGUUUGACCCUCAGAGAGCUAGUUGGAUCAUUGAUGCUGGGACGCAGCUGGAAGUGCUGGUGGGGACAAAUGCUGAAGAGACCGAGGUGAUGGGGCAAGUAGAGGUACAGGAGGAAAUAGUCUGGGUUUGA